AUUUAUGUACGAGUUACCGGUAUUGGUCUGCCAAUAAUGAAGAUCUGCACAACAACGUUUGUUGACGAUGGACAAAACAGAAUAGGAUCGAUCGUAGAGAACCAGUUCACAGUAGAACGGAUGAAGGCAGGAUUAUUCAACUACAAACUGAACGAAGUCUACUCGACCGUAAUAUAUUCUUGAAAAGCAGGGAUAGUCAUAGCAAUGGAUGGAGAGGUACGUUCUCUCAACGACAAAACUAGAAACUGGUUACGAUGGAAUCGCUUCGACACUGAAUUAUUCUUCGUCUGUUUCAAUGCCUCGACGAUCGGUAUGUUCAUCCCAUCCCAUCCCAUCCCAUCUCACAUUCACAUUUUUGGUUUUAUUUUCUUUCGAAAAUUUUCCAUUCCAAUACGUUUCGGAUUUAUUUAUUUAUGUUGCUGCCGGAACAAACGACAACAAACACAUACCGUUUUCCAUGCCUCCGUCCUGUUGUUCACAAUUUGCCACAAAUUCUUGGAUUCAUUUCAGAACAAUAGAAAGAGCAAGAGGGGGCGGAGACGGACCGCAACUGGACUGAGAAAACACCAGCAAAUCGAUGGCGUUGUUGUGGAGGAACUCUUCCCGCUCUUCGACCCGUCGUCGACCGAACAAAAAGUGGGAGAUGGAAUAUACGUCAGCGCUACGACAGGCAACAACAAACGAUUUUACGGGGUGUUGAUCGAUCAGUCCUCGCUGAAGGAGGCGUCCUCUUUGUUCUUUCAGGAUCAGAGUGAUUCCUUGCGCUUGAACGAGCGGAUGAACGUCCUGAACAUGAAACGAGAAAGCGAGUUAACAACAAAAAAGGGUUCUGAUGAUGCUGCUACAGCUGUUGCCGCGACCGAACAAAAGGGCGAUGGUCUUUCCACAAAACGAAAUCUAGAGGAAUUUGCUUACAGCAAUGGCAUCACCUAUUAUAAUGGGACAACAGACGCGACGGAAUCUAGCGAUCAGAAUUCUCUUUUGGUUCCACCGGCAAAGAAAGCGCGCCUUUCGUCGAAAGAGGAUACUAGCGGCAACGACGAAAAAAAUAAUAUCAGUACCGAAUCCCAGGGGAAUCGAACCGGGAUUGCGAAAGCCGGUCCACUAGAAUCCUUUCUAACUGAGGAACGACCCAUUCAGAAAUUCAAAUACGUUGAGGAAAAAGAAGGAAAAAGCCACAAGAUAGAACGGCGGGGACAGGGGGACGAAGACAACAAACGAAACAGCAACAGCGGCAAUAGCUAUCGAAUACUGGUAGCUACAUUUAGCAGUAUAUACGAAGCAGCGUGCGGAGACCAUACCAAAGCACGAUUGAUUCACGAGGCGUGUGAGAAAGGAGGCAACUUCCUUGCGGGAAGUAGCAAUGCCAGCGAUUCUUAUUACUAUCAGUACGAAAUGUUGCCUCCUUCGCUGAGAAUGGACAGCGAUGCAGCAUCGAAAUUGGCCGUGAUUCGAACCUCGAUGGGAUUCCAUUCGUUUCUGCAAGGCACGGCACUGCCUCCGUGGUAUCCUUUAUCAAAUCUAUACUCCCAGAGCAAGGUUCUGAAUCUGCUCAACAUGAAGCAGGGUAGCAAUGGAAAAAUUGAAUGGGAUACCACCGGCAACGCAUCGAAGAUAAUCACGGGCAGCAGCACAAGCAACGCCAAUGACGUAGCUACCAUGGGAGGAGGCACGAAGCUACCGAUGCAAACCCGGGUCCAAAAGCAGUACCAAAUCGGGGUGAUCGGUGGGGGGAUAGCCGGGCUGGCGUGUUGCCAAGAACUCAUAACGGCACUGAAAAACGACGGAAUCCAUGCCAAAGUUACUCUGGUAGAAGCAAGAUCAAGGUUGGGAGGUCGCAUUGCGACCGAUCGAUCAUGGAAAACCGAAAAAGACAAAGUCUUCCCCGUCGAGUUGGGUGCCUCGUGGAUACACGGAAUCGACGACAAUCCACUGGCGACUCUCGCCCAAAACGCCGGAAUCGAAUUCGUCAGAGCUUCCGAAGAGGUAAAGAUGGUUGGCCGAGGGUUAAAAGAAAUAGACAGCAAGAUGGACGAAAAGACAGGAAAGCUGUUUGAUGACCUAUUGGAUCAUGCUACCGAAGACAUCUGGACCUCGGCAAUGAACGAGCAGUCGGUCGCUUUGCAUAAGAAAGACGGACAAGAUCCGCAAUCUGCGGUCAGAUGGUACGCAUCUUGCUUUUCACAAAACGAUGCAAACAAGAGCAGACCAUCUGGUAUUCGGCUCACUACGACGGCCUCGAAAACACCUGGGCACAGACGAUCUGACGACCGAUCGGUCGACUGCGAGAUUGGCAGAGUCAUUGCUAGACACAAACUAAGAGAAUUUUCCAAAUUAUCCGCCGAGGAGCAUCGGAUGCUCCUCUGGAACAGCAAAAACGUCGAAUACGCACUUGGCUCAAAUCUAGAUAGCCUUUCGAUGAAGUAUUGGGAUGUAGACGAUCGGCAUGCGUUUGAAGGAGACCAUGUGCUCCUCAAGGAAGGAUAUUCUACUGUGAUCGAUCGAAUGCUUCAAUCCUUGACGACUGUAGGUCCCGAUAAGUUUGAAUAUUUCUUGAAUUUCCCAGUUGGCAAAGUGGAAUAUGGAAGAAAGUCUGCGACACAAAAAUAUAGCCGUGAUCAGUUUGGUCGCGACAGGCACUUGACAGAGCUCUCUGACUCCUGCAGUAUCACGUCGGAAGAUGGAUCACAAACGAAGUAUUUUGAUUUCUUGGUUGCGGCUGUCCCACUAGGAGUUCUUAAGGAAAGCGUGGAACGUGAGAGCGACGUUUAUUUUGGUAAGAAAAUGACUUUUAUUCCUUCUCUCCCGUUCUCAAAAAUCGACGCGAUACGGAACGUAGGUUUUGGUCUUUUGAACAAAGUCUACGUUCAGUUCCCCACGCCGUUUUGGCGUAUUCCAGGCUUUUUUAAGGAAGAAGACGACUGUUUGUUCGGGAAUGUUACAGGGGUCAAUCCCCACCACUACAUGUUUUUUGAUGUGGGAAAACGGCUUGGUUCUCAAGAUGAUUCUCCGGCUAUUCUAAUGUCGCUAGUUUCGGGGAAGGAAGCUGUUGCAUUGGAAUGCUUAUCGGACGAUGAUGUGAUUAAAGAGGUUGUCGAAACAUUACGAGUCAUGUUUGAAGAACAGAUUUCUAUUCCCGAUCCAAUAGGAUUUCGUAUUACGAGGUGGGGCAAAGAUCGUUUUUCUCGAGGGUCCUAUACAUACCUUCCGCCGGGUAGCACGGAUCAAGACUUCCAGCUACUUCAGUCGCCGGUCAAUGGCAACGGUGACUCGUUCUUACUCGAGGGUAAUAUGGAAGUAAUGAGAUUGUUCUUCGCAGGCGAACAUACCACUGCUCUUCAUCCGAGUGUGACUCACGGUGCGAUGCUUUCUGGCAUCCGUGCUGCCCAAGAAGUUGUGUCAAAUAUCCAGUCCAAGAGCAAAGGCGACAAGGAUAUAGACAAGGUAAUACCGAUUUCGAUAUUUCGACACAUGAACCCCACAAUUCCUCUGCAAUGCAAUCUUUGCCACAAGUUUGGAUGGCGAACACGGGAAGGACCUCUUCUUGCAUUCAAGCGUGGCAAUCGCCAAGUCCUUGUGCACAACAACUGCGCCGAGUUUUGUCCCGAAGUGGAGGUUCUGAAUUCAAAAUGGAAGAAUGUUAUCCGAGCAGUCAAUCGCGGGAAAACGUUCACGUGUU